ACUUAACUGGGCUCCAAUCCAGUGUGCUCUUCCUCGCCGGUGAUGGUGGUUUCAUGUAGUCUAAAGGUUUAACGCGGGAUUUCUUAUACCUUACGCUGCUUCUAAAUGACAAAUUUAGAGAAACCUUUUUUCUUUAGCAGUAUGAUAAGAAAAUCGAAAUUAAUUAUUACUGGUCAAGCUCGUCAGCUACUUUACCCUUGCCUGGGUCACAAUAAGUAAACUUCGGCAGGUGUGCACGAUCGGAAAGGAUGGAACCACACAGCACAGACAAAGCUCCAGAUGGAGGUUGGGGUUGGAUCAUUGUGCUGGUGUCCUUCAUGGCCCAGCUGCUCGCAUAUGGACAGACUCAGGCUGUUGGUGUACUCUACCCCGAGUGGCUCACUGUCUUCCAGGAGGGAAAGGGAGUGACGGCUUGGGUCGGGUCUCUUGUGUCUGGUAUCGGACUCGUUGCCAGUCCCGUGUUCAGUGCCUGCGUCAUGAACUUCGGUGCGAGACCCGUCACGAUUUUCAGCGGCGUCAUGGUGUCAGGUGGCCUGAUGCUCAGUGCAUUCACCCCUAACGUCCCGUUCCUCAUCUUCUCCUACGGAACUGUCGUUGGGCUGGGCUGCGGCCUUGUUCAUGCUGCUACAGUAACCAUGACCUGCCAGUAUUUUGACAAGAAACGUGGUCUUGCCCUCGGAAUUGUAACUACAGGGACCAACGUUGGGGGAUUCUUGUACGCCACUGCUCAAGUCGAGCUCAUGGAACUUUAUGGACUUGAAUGGUGUCUGCUGAUCGUUGGGGCCCUAGCUCUGCACCUUAUAGCCUGUGCUGGUCCAAUGAGGCCUCUACACGUUCCAGGCUACUUCCUAAAGCAGAAAGCAGCACUGCAGCGAGCCCAGGAACAGCUCCCCGCCCUGCCAGAGAAACCCCCUGUAACAGUAGACCCCAUUAAUGACACGGGGUCUGAUGAGAAGUGCUUAACAGCUUCCAGCCCAAAGUUUCACAGCAAAGUGGAAACAGCACACAAUGAAAAACUGUUUAUUGGUUACAACCUGUUGAAGGUCAUCAAGGAUGCACAGCAGGCCUACUCCAAGUACAUUAAUGCCACAAGCCGGUUCUUACAGGAUCGGGUCUUCGUGUCCCUCUGCUUAAGUCUCUUUCUCUUCAGCCUUGGGGCCUCACCUCCUGUGCUGUUCAUGGAGGACGUGGCCCAGAGCAAGGGGCUCAUCGAAGACAUCAGCGCCAUACCUCUGGUCUCCAUCGUGUCCAUCACUACUGGCCUGGGCAAGCUGGUUCUAGGUGUGGUCGCUGAUGUCAGGUGGAUCAGUGUCAUGUAUCUAUACUUAUUCACACUGGUUGGCGCGGGAGUUACCCUUCUUGUCAUUCCCACAUGUGGAAGCUACAUCAGCCUCCAGAUUAUCUCGGUGGUGCUGGGAUUUUUCUCGGGCAACUGGGGUAUCACGCCCUACAUCACCGCUAAAAUUGCUGGGCUUGAAGCACUAAGUCAAGCCUACGGGAUCCUGAUGUUCUUCGGUGGGCUUGGGACUCUGCUCGGUGCUCCGGUUGUAGGCUGGUUCUUCGACUGGACGCAAUCCUAUGACUUCGCGUUCUUCUUCAGUGGGGGAUGUGUGCUGCUUGGAGGUUUCGGCCUUUUUCUGUCCCUGUUGCCAUGCUGGGGCAAAUGCAAGGCAGAGGAGCUGGAGUCCGACAGCGAGUGCGCUACGCGCUGCCAGAAAAUUGCAUCCGUGGUGUGACAGCCCACUUGCGCUAGAAGUGGCAUUCUGACGAUACUUUUUUAGCUCUCUUUGUUCAGCCAUCCCUCUGCCGAGCUUAUCUGGUUCAGGGUUGUUGAGGGGCCUUUCUAAGAAGCGGUAGGCCAGGAAACACCCUGGACGUGACGUCUGUCCAUUGGUGGUGACACACAAUGGACAAUAUAGAGACAUCAGAUUUCCUAACUGUGUGUCUAGAGUGUGCGUGAAAACUGUAAAACAUGGGAAGAACAUGCAAACGGCACACCUGCAGAGGUUGGGAGAGGAUUCGAACCCACAACGCUGGAGGUGUCUGGCAACAGUGCUACAGUGUGUUCCUUCAUAUGUUGGGGUUGACCACAGAAUAAUUUACUACACAAGGUUUUUAUUAUUACUAUAGUUUUUUUCACUUGGCCUUUUAAAGAUUCUGAUAUCAUAACUGCCAGGGCCCUGUUUUAAGAGGUUCUGACCCACGCCUGUUUUUUUUUCCCUCCAACCUUCUUGCGUCAAUGUUUGCUCGUGUUUGUAGCAAAUCCCAAAUAUCACCACUGCUUUUAGAGAAAAAACAUACCUACGACCAGUAAAGAUAUUAAUCUAGGGCAUACUGCACUAAGCUUUGGAGUGACUGUUAGCACAUGCAUUCAUUUUGGAACUGUGCUGUAACACGCUGCCUUUAGCUUCAAACGGGUGCUAAGACAUCAUGUAAGUGCUGCAUCAUGUGUACUGUAAGCUGUUUGUGAUGCGACACCAAAGGGAUUCUUUCUUUGAUUGAGAGGGCUCUGUCUUUGGAAUGGCAGAGGGCCGCAUGUGGUGUGAAUCUCAUCUAAAUCCUGACAGUUUAAAGAUAUUACAAAGGAGUUAAAAGUGCAUUUAGUUAUGUGAUUUUUAUUCUUCAGUUCCGGCAUAUAUGAAUAAUAAUUUGAGGAAAACCCCAGUUGUGUGAUGCUUUCAUUUGAUUGCUUAAGAUCUUUUUAAAAUAUUCCGUCCUUCAGAUGUCUGACUCCUUGUGCCUUAAGAAAAAAUGUGCAGCUCUGAUACUCUUGCUGACUCUCCAAACACCAAACGUAGUUCAACAGUUUUGCCUUCCAGUAUUAAUAAAUAGGUGCCUAUGCAAUGUC